CACCAUUAUAUUGAGGGUUACAAUGAUGCCAAUAGAGUCCCUUUACAGGAUCUGAGGCAUUUUGUGAAAUAAAUUUUUAUUGCUAGAAAAAUGGAGUUAGCAACACUGAUAGAAACUAUUCAAGCACAAUUUCAGAGUGGUUUACAGUUGGGAGUAGAAUCCGUGAAAGGAGUUCUCUGCGCGAAAACUCCUACUCUACCGAACACUAGGUUGGAUGGGCAGGUAGCUGUGGUGACCGGAGCAAACUCUGGGAUUGGUUUAGAAACUGUUUGGGAACUCUCUAAGCGUGGGGCUAAGGUGAUUUUGGGUUGCAGAGACCAACUGAAAGGAGAGGCAGUUGCUAGGGAGCUGAGCAAGGCCGGGGGGAAGGCGGUGUUCCUGAAGCUAGAUCUUGCCUCCUUCAAGUCUGUUGAAGAGUUCUGUUCAACAAUUAUCAAGGGCGAACCCUCCAUUGAUAUACUAGUAAACAAUGCUGGUGUCUUUACUACUGAGAAAACUUUAACAGAAGAUGGAUACGAACUCCAGUUUCAGGUCAACCAUCUGAGUCACUUCCUGCUGACAAACCUUCUAUUGGAUAAAAUUAAGGCUCAGGAUGGGGGCAGAAUCAUCAAUGUUUCCAGUGUAGCACAUUGGCUGUCUAUUGGCAUCCCAACUGACGUUAACUGGGAAAUGGUUAGGUACAACGGUAUCCUUGCUUACUCCAAUACAAAGCUUGCCAACGUGCUAUUCUCAACUGAGCUGGCUAAACGAUUAAAAGGAUCCCCUGUAAGUGUGUACAGCCUGCACCCUGGCGGUGUAUCUACGAACUUGGGCAAAAAUAUUCCUCAAAUUCUUCCUGAGCAAGUAACCUCGGCUCUAGCCGCAGCCUUCUCCUGGGUCGCUAAGACUCCUGAGCAAGGUGCCCAAACCUCCUUGUACUGCUGCCUUACUCCCAACCUACCUAACGGAUAUUACGAUAAUAUGCGACGAGGCUGGAUGAGCCCCCUGGGUGAAAACCUCGAUAUGUCAAACACACUCUGGAAGCUGAGUGAGGACCUUGCAGGCUUUAAAACUAAAAUUUAAACUUCUUGAGACAUGCAAUUUUAUUUGAUAUAUGAAAAUGUAAUUUCACAUAAAUAAAAAUUUCUGGAAAAGAUCAGAAACGUUAAAUAAUCUGUUGCAGUGCUUUAUAAACUCUAAAGUAUGUUUACUUUAUUAAAAAAAAUUGUACUUCCCCAAUAAAUCACUGCAUUCUUUUUAGAAAGCCUUAUGUAUUCUUUUUUAAAAUAAAUUUUAUAACUUUUCUUUUACAUCUUUUACACACCCAUGUUUAAAAAAGCCUAUUGUUAAAAUUAAAGAGAAAAAAUCUGUUAAACACUUUCUUUGAAAAAAAACGGUCCUGUACUCUCUGUUAAACAAUUUUCUGAGUCUUCUUUCAUCAACUUCCUAUAAUAUUUCUGCAAAAGCCAUUAUAGUGUUCAAUAUUAAAUAAAAAUUUAUAAUUUUG